CUUCGGUGCAAUAAGCGCUUCAAAGAGGUCGCGCACGUCGAGUAGCGUUUUGGCUUUCGACGCGGAUUAAAAGCAUCUUCGCAGGCAUCGUAUUGAGUAGACAAUGGGGUGUGAUUAUAUAGGUUAAACUUAUCCGAGUACAUGGGCGACUUCCUCUUCGACAAUUGCCAGCGAUUCUACUUCAGCCGAUCAAGUUCAUUUAUGUGCUUCCUGGUGCACUGGAUGACAACUCAAACACAUUGUCACUGCAGCUGGAAGCCUACGUCUCUACGGCCGAGACGUUGCCGCUAACUAACAGUCGUACAGUGUUUGGUCUGCAUCCCAAUGCCGAGAUUGGGUACUACACCAACAUGUCAAAAACUCGCUGCAGCCUCGGUCGGCUCAAUCCGUGUCUCACGCGAAGAUCCCAUUGGCAACGUGGCAAGCGAUAUUCAGUCAAAAGUACCGGAACCAAUCGACGUGGACCAUGUUCGAAAGAAAAUGGGAUCGACACCUACACCAACUCAGGUUGUGCUUCUUCGAGAACUCGACCGCUGGAAUUUACUCGCAUAUCGUAUGGGCGUGUCUCUCGGAGAUCUCCAGAAGGCUGUUGUGGGUGAAAUCGUGCUGGGCGGCGUGAAAGACGACGCCGGGUGCUACGUCAAGGGACUUUUCCUCGAAGGCGCAUCCUGGGAUCUCGAGCGUGGUGUCUCGCACCACAAAAGCCCAAGCAACUCGUGGAAGAGCUGCUUAGUCAUUCUCAUUGAGGCCAGUCGACUCAAGCUUCGAAACACCUUCCGGACGCCAGUGUAUGUCACACAAUCGCGACGGAAUGCCAUGGAUGUCGGUCUCGUGUUCGAAGCAAAUAUCUACUUGCCUCUCACUGGGUACUGCAAGACGUCGCAGUUGCACUCAACACAGACUACUACAUGUACAUGUAUUAAUAGCACAACUACAUGUACGAUAUGA